AUGUCAUCCGAUGUGGAGGGCGUCCGGAUCAUCCGGUUCACAGCAAAUCAGUUGAGGAACUUGGCUCCACAGGUUGUGAAUGCUGCUCACUUGUUGUGUGCUCGUGCUGACAGUAAAGUGGCGCAGGAGAAUAUGGAAAUGUUCCGGGAUAUAUGGCAAGAUAAGGUUCGGCUUUUGACUAUGGCCAUUGAUUCAAUCAUGACGCUUGACGACUUUCUGGCCGUCAGUGAAGCUCACAUAGUUGAGGAUGCAAUGACGGGGUUACAAGCUGUUCAUGAAGGCGAUGGUGACAUGCUUGAUCGGGCUUCUGGAGCUAUUCGGGGAAGGUCGCUCCGUGUGUGUUCAGCGGUUGACGCUGAAAUGGAUGCCCUGCAGCCCAGUACUUACACUGAAAGGGUCAAGAUGGCGACUCGGAGAUUAAGAGAUGAGAUGUUGAGCCAGUACGCCAUUCGGGCGGAAGCCGUCGUCACACGACUGGAAGCAACUGGCACGAAUUCCACCCAGGAGGAAAGGUAA